AGUCAAGGGAAGGGGCCGGACUUCGGAGCCGAGCGCCGCCGCUUCAGAGCCGCCGCUGAGGGUUUGGAUUGCCGCCGCCGCCGCCGCUAGUAGAAAGAAAGGAUGUCAGGGGAAUUGCCCUUGCACAUCAACAUCAAGGAGCCACGAUGGGACCAGAGUACCUUCACGGGAAGAGCAAAGCAUUUCUUCACAGUGACGGAUCCCCGCAACCUUCUGCUCUCUAGCAAGACCCUGGAAGAGGCCCGGAGGGUGGUUGAGGAUUACAGGAUGGGAAAAGUGUCACCAGGCUUGACUGAGGACCAGCUAUGGCAGGCAAAAUACAUCUAUGACUCAGCCUUCCACCCAGACACGGGCGAGAAGAUGAUCCUGAUUGGGCGCAUGUCUGCCCAGGUGCCCAUGAACAUGACCAUCACUGGAUGCAUGCUCACCUUCUACAGAACAACACCUGCUGUGUUAUUCUGGCAAUGGGUGAACCAGUCAUUUAACGCCAUUGUCAACUAUACCAAUCGGAGUGGAGAUGCUCCCAUCACUGUCAACCAGCUGGGCACUGCUUACAUCAGCGCUACUACUGGAGCUGUAGUGACGGCACUGGGACUCAAGUCCCUCACUAAGCAUUUGCCACCAAUCAUUGGACGCUAUGUGCCUUUUGCUGCAGUGGCAGCUGCUAACUGCAUCAACAUCCCAUUGAUGAGACAGAGGGAGUUAAAGUUUGGCAUCCCCAUUUUAGAUGAGAAUGGGAACCGGCUGGGUGAGUCCAAGAAGGCAGCUCAGCAAGCGAUCAUGCAGGUUGUGGUGUCCCGUAUUGGCAUGGCUGCACCUGCCAUGGCCAUACCUCCUGUGAUCAUGCACGCACUAGAGAAGAGAGCUUUUUUGAAGCGGUACCCCUGGAUGAAUGCUCCUUUGCAGGUUGGACUGGUGGGUCUGUGCUUGGUGUUUGCUACGCCUCUUUGCUGUGCACUCUUCCCACAGAAAAGCUCAAUGAAGGUGAGUCGCCUGGAACCUGAACUCCAAGCUCAGAUCAGAGAGAAAAACUCCAGCGUUGAGGUCAUCUAUUUUAACAAGGGGCUUUAAGAGAGGCUUUUUCAUACAACCCUAGUGUGAAGCAGACAGGACAGGAUGAAGAAGAACCAGGAAUCUGGUGCGCCUCAUAAGGAAGUUACUCUUUGUAAUUGUAUAACUCCUUUGAAAUGCUGCUUUCUUAUUGGCUGUAACAUCUUGGCAGGUCCUAUGUGUUUGAUAUAACCUUCCUGGAUUCAGGUGAACCAUAGGGGUAGAUUGUAUUGUGGCAAUGUGUUUGUUGCUGUAAUGUAUACUCAUACUCCUGAACAAAGCAGAAACAUUCCAGUCAUGACCCAUUUAGGAGUCAGGGCCAGAACAGUUAGAACCUUCAAGCAAACCCAGUCCCCAUAUUAUGCACAAUUCCAAAAUGGUGUGCAUGUGUGUAUAUAAUCCCUAUGAACCAACAGAAAUGAUAUUUUUGAGAUCAUUUUUGGGAGAGGAGAAUCCAUAGACUGUUGAAUCUCACAAGAAUAGGUUACAAUGGGAAAGACAAUUUGCUUUGGGGGGAUAUCUUGUGCUGAGGGCUAGAAAAAUGCAUACAGCUUGCACAUUACAUAUUUUUUAUGAUGGCUAAAUUCUUGUAAUGAUUUCCCUCCAAAUCAUUUUAAUUUUCACAAAAAAUAUGCUCAUACAAAAAUGGCUGUAUUCUCUCCAUACUGAGAAUAUUGAUACAGGGAAUCCUUUUACAGCAAAACCUCUUCCUCCUUGUAAGCAAAACACACAUGUUCAUGAUUACAUAUACAUGCAACUAUAAGACUACAUAACCUAUGGUUCAGUGUGAAGAUUAGUGAAACAUGCAUAUGCGGGGCUUUAAAGGGAGUAAGCAAGUUAAAGACACCUCAGGCUAUUUUUCUUGCUGGUACUGCAGUGAGGAGGAGUAUCUAUUGUGGUUAUCUAUGGAGUGCUUUUAGAUAAAGUAGUCUGUUGUAUAAAAGAUUGGGUCAGAUGGCCUUUUGGUUGCCUCCAUUAUUACAAGUUAUUCAAGUACGGUAAAUACACAGAUGUAAAAAUCAUUAUUUUAGCUCUGGUGAAUGUAUCUCUGACUGAGAAAGAAAGCCAUAAGGUGUGACCAUCUGGCCAUCCUUCAAGUGAGUCAUGCCUUGUUGAUAAGAAGGGCUUUGCCCAAAGAGACCUAGCAUGGGCAGUACACCUGUUUAAGGUUAGGUCAUUGUAUGGAAGAGCAAGCUUGGAAGUGCUGCUGCUUAAAAUGAGAAGGGCACAUUUCUAAAAACAAAGAGAGCUCUGCUGGAUCAGACCAGUGGUCACCUGUCUUCAUCCAGCAUCCUGCUUUUCACAGUUGCCAACCAGACGCCUCCUUAAAGUCCACAGGGA